UCGCUAUAUAUUACGCGUUGAUACUAGCUAGUUUCAUAAUUGGAUACCUUUGUCUUGUUUAUCAUUAAAAAGAAAGAAAAAAAAAACAAGUAAGAAUCCAUGGGAGAAACUUUGCAUAACGACGCCAUUUAUGUUGCAGUGAAUCAAAAUGUUCGAGAAAGUAAACUAACUUUGUUAUGGACAUUGAGGACUCUUCCCGUGAAGAAGCUUUGUCUUCUUCAUGUUCAUCUUCCAUUUUCGUUGACCGCUUCUUCAAGUGGACUUGAUGAAAGUGAGAUCAAUGCAAUCCAAGAAUCAGAACUGAAAACUUCUUAUGAUAGCCUCCACAAGUACCGUGAUAUCUGCACAAACAAAGGGGUUAUUGAAGAAGAUGUGGAUAUAUCAUUAAUCUCCGGAUAUGAUGUUGGUGAAGGGAUUGUUGAACUCAUGUAUCAAAACAAUAUAAAGAAGCUAGUAAUGGGAGCAGCAGCUGAUCCUCACUAUUCGAGGGGAAUGUCUAUCACAUCAAGAAAAGCAGAGUAUGUGAGUCAACAUGCACCUCAGUGCUGUAAAAUGUGGUUCAUCUGCAAGGGGAAACUCAUUGAGACAAGAGAAGGAAGUUUCGACCAUGAGAAUCCAUCAGAUUCAUUCUCAGAAUUCCAUGAUUCAUUGUCAGUAUCACCAAAGAAAGUAAUAAAAGCAGAAUUGACUCCUGAAGACUUGCCUCCUGAAGACUUUCUUUGUCCCAUUUCAAUGGAGAUUAUGCAAGAUCCCCAUGUCGCAGCUGAUGGUCACACCUACGAGGCAGAUACAAUAAGAACCUGGCUGAGACGAGGAGGUCAAAACUCGCCAAAGACAGGCGCUAGGCUCGCCAAUCACAAUCUUACUCCAAACUACACCCUUCGUUCUGUCAUUAACGAGUGGCUCCAGCAGCACCCAAAGUAUAUCAAUCCUUGAUUAACCUCUAAGAUGGAGAAAAAUUUAAGAUGAUGUCAUUUUGGGAAUUUCUUUGUCAAGAUAAAAAAUAUACAAAUAUGCUAUAAACUUUCUCUAUUUAUGCGAUUAUGUAAGCCAUCAAUCGAUUUUGUUUUGUGUAUAAAUAUGUUUAUUACCUAA